CGCAGCACGCAGGCAAGCGCAGCCGCCACUCGGUGGGAACCCGGCGCAGGUUGAUGUCUCAUCGGUCGAUUGGGCCGCCCUGCCUGGCUCCGCGGGCAAACUUUGCCGGCCUCUUUCUUUCUCUUUCGGCCGAGCCCGCGUUGCCCUUCGAGCCUCCCCGGCCAUGGCUCCGCCGAGGGCGCGCUAGCCGCCCGGGAGCCCCAUUCAUUCCUUUGCGAGUUGCACGCUUUUGAUUUUUUUUUUGUUGCAAAAAGCAUCGGUGGGAAUGGCGAGCGAGGGGAGACCGGCCGGGAUGCCUUUUCUCCUGCUGCUGCUGCUGCUGCUGGGGGCGGCGGCGCCCCGGGGCUGGGGGCAGUCGGUCUCCUUCCACGCCGACGUGAACGGCCACAGCCUGCACCCGCCCUACUUCAACCUGGCCGAGGGCACCAGGAUCUCGGCCACGGCCACCUGCGGCGAGGAGGACGCCGGCGCCAAGGUGCCCAGACCCGUGGAGGAUUUGUAUUGCAAGCUCGUGGGCGGGCCCGUGGCAGGCGGGGACCCCAACCAGACCAUCCAGGGACAAUACUGUGACAUCUGUUCAUCAGCGAACAGCAACAAAGCCCAUCCCAUCACCAAUGCUAUAGAUGGUACCGAACGCUGGUGGCAAAGCCCUCCUCUUUCCCGAGGGCUGGAGUUCAAUGAAGUCAAUGUCACCUUAGAUCUUGGACAGCUGUUCCAUGUGGCAUAUGUUCUGAUCAAGUUUGCAAAUUCCCCUCGUCCAGACCUGUGGGUACUCGAGCGGUCAACUGAUUUUGGACUUACGUACGAGCCUUGGCAGUACUUUGCUUCUUCCAAAAGAGAUUGCAUAGAGAAAUUUGGCCUGAAGACGGUGGAGCGAAUCAGCAGAGAUGAUGAUGUCAUCUGCACCAUGGAGUACUCCCGCAUUGUGCCGUUGGAGAACGGAGAAAUUGUGGUCUCUCUUGUGAAUGGACGUCCAGGAGCCAUGAAUUUCUCGUAUUCGCCUCUCCUGAGGAACUUUACCAAAGCGACUACCAUUCGAUUGCGUUUCUUGCGAACCAACACCCUGCUUGGGCAUUUGAUGGGGAAAGCCUUACGUGACCCUACCGUGACCCGGAGGUAUUACUACAGCAUCAAAGAUAUCAGCAUCGGAGGACGGUGUGUGUGCCACGGUCACGCUGACGUCUGUGACGCCAAGGACCCUACAGAUCCUUACAGGCUUCAGUGUGACUGUCAGCACAACACCUGUGGAGGGUCAUGUGAUCACUGCUGCCCAGGUUUCAACCAGUUGCCAUGGAAGCCAGCCACAACUGACAGUGCCAAUGAAUGUGAAUCCUGUAAUUGCAAUGGCCACGCCUACAAUUGUUACUACGACCCAGAGGUUGACCAUCACAAGGCCAGCAGAAAUCGUAAUGGCCAGUUUGAAGGAGGAGGGGUGUGCAUUGACUGCCAGCAUCACACAGAAGGCAUCAACUGUGAGAGGUGCAUCCCAGGAUAUUACAAAUCCCCAGAUCAUCCGAUAGAUUCACCAUACAUUUGCUAUCGCUGUAAUUGUGACUCAGACUUCACGGAUGGCACCUGUGAGGACCUGACUGGUCGCUGUUACUGCAAGCCAAACUACACAGGAGAGCUCUGUGAUGCCUGUGCCGAUGGUUACGUGGACUUCCCGCACUGCUAUCCUGUGCCGGUUUUCUCUUUCAAUGACACUGGAGAGCAGGUCCUUCCAGCUGGACAGAUAAUAAAUUGUGACUGCAAUGUUGCGGGGACUAGAGGGAACGCCUGCCGGAAAGAUGCUCAGCUUGGGCUGUGCUUGUGCAAACCCAACUUCCAAGGGACCCAGUGCGAUCAGUGUGCCCCAGGGUAUUACGGACCAAGUUGCCAGGCUUGUCAGUGCUCAGGCUCCGGCUCUUAUGACGGUUCCUGCAACAGCGAGACUGGCCAGUGUCUGUGUCGAGCUGGAUUCGAAGGCUUCUCCUGUGAUCGGUGUGCCCCGGGCUACUUCAGCUACCCGCUGUGUCAACUUUGUGGUUGCAGUGUCGUUGGGACAUUGCCGGAAGGCUGCGAUGCUUCUGGCAGGUGUUACUGUAAACCUGAGUAUGACGGUACUCAUUGUGACCAGUGCAGCUUUGGAUAUCAUUCUUACCCUCACUGCCAAGCUUGUUCCUGUGACCUCCGGGGCUCUGUGGACAAUAACUGUAGCCCCGUUGGUCAGUGUCAAUGCCGUUCAAAUUACAUAGGCCAUACAUGCAACCAGUGUGCACCAGGCUUCUACGGUUAUCCCACCUGUACAGCUUGCCACUGUUCCACAGAAGGGUCUCUUCAUGGCACAUGUGACCAGGAGACUGGACAGUGUAGCUGCCGCCCCAGAGUAACUGGACAGCGAUGUGAUACCUGCAUUCCAGGGGCUUACGGAUUCCCACAAUGUGAAGUGGGCUCUUGUAAUCCUGCAGGGCUCGAAGAUGCAGAUCCUUCCUCGCCAAUGGGGUCCUGCAGGUGCCGGGCAUACGUGGAAGGCUCAGCUUGUGAUCAGUGCAAGCCACUUUACUGGAACCUGACUCCAGAUAACCCGUUUGGGUGCAUGAGCUGCCAGUGUGAUACUGCUGGAACAAUUGCAGGUGUUGCGGAGUGCCAGCAAGGUGAUGGGCACUGUUUCUGCAAACCCAACAUCUGUGGCCAGUUCUGCUCAACAUGCAAAGAGGGAUACUACAAGCUGGCGAGCGGGAAUUACUUUGGCUGUCAAGGAUGCCGGUGUGACAUCGGUGGAUCUGUCGGGCCCAUGUGCGAAGAGAGGACGGGAGCUUGCCCCUGCCGCCUAAACAUGCAGGGCCCCACGUGCACUCAACCAGCUAGAGACCAUUAUAUCCCUGAUCUUCACCACCUGAAAUAUGAACUGGAAGAGGGAACUGCGCUGGAUGGGAGGCCUGUUCGCUUUGGAUACAAUCCUCUAGAAUUUGAGAACUUCAGCUGGAGGGGAUACGCGCAAAUGUCUUCCAUCCAGCCCAAGGUAGUGGUGACCCUCAAUGUGACCUCCCCUGACCUGUUCCGCCUCGUCUUCCGCCACGUCAACCGGGGGCCUGCAAAUGUGGAAGGGAGGGUCUCAGUCCUUGAGGAAGGAAAGUUUAAUGUUUGUGGCAACUGUACAGAGCAGACCAAGCAGAUUGUGUUUGUACCCACCAAGGAGCCAGCCUUUGCCGCUGUUCCUCAGAAAAGCUUUGGUGAGCCAUUUGUACUGAGCCCCAGCGUGUGGUCCCUUGUCAUCGAAGCGGAGGGCGUUCUGUUGGAUUACCUCGUCCUGCUGCCAAGUUCAUAUUACGAGGCUCCUAUAUUGCAGCAGAAAGUCUCGGAUCCUUGUACCUACAACCCAGCGCCUGAACAAGCUGGUCAAAACUGCCUCCUGUACAAGUACUUGCCUAUGGAGCAGUUCCCCUUUGGGUCAGGCGAAGAUGCUGUGUGUCGAUGGGACAAUGAUUUACCGAAACCCUGCCCUAAGGACCAUGUCACGCCUUCGUACCCUGAGAUGGUGAUAUGUAGUGGCAAUGACGUGGAAGUUCUGCUACGCAUUGCCGUUCCCCAGCCAGGGAGGUAUGUGCUUCUGGUGGCGUAUGCCAGUGCAGAUGCUCUGCAGACCGUUGAUGUAGCAGUGAGCUCACCACAGCACGCCGUUCAGCCAGGCACUCUUGCAGUGUACACCUGCGAGUACAGUUUCCUUUGCCGUGGGAUAGUUUUAGAUUUGCAGAAUCGCUUGGCAGCUUUUGAGUUGGCCACGGAGGCGACGGUUCGGCUCAUUGCAGAUCGGGCUCAUUUCUUCCUGUAUAAAAUCUACCUGAUACCAUAUGGCCAGUUCACUAUGGAAUUUGUGGAGCCCAAGGUCCACUGUAUCAGCGUCCACGGAAUAUUCGCACCUAAUAGCAGCUCCUGCAUCCCAUCAAGGUUUCAGAAGAUCUCGCAGUCAGUUGUCCUGGAGGAAGCGCAGUUGCUGCCGGUCGCUCCAGGCUUCCCUCUCAUUCAUGCCUUUAGCAUCCCCCCAGUGAGCAUCCCACCAACACCACCACUGCGGCCUCCCACCUUGCUGGACACUUCUGCAGAGCUCAUCCUCCUCCAGGCUCCCCAGACAACCAUUGUGUUAAGCGGCCGCAUCCAAAGCCUGGGACGCUAUGCCUUUAUUCUGCACUGUUACCAGCCCAGUCACCCAACUUUCCCUAUUGAAGUGUUGAUCAACGGCGGACGGAUCUGGCAGGGUCAAGCUAAUGCUUCCUUCUGUCCGCACGGAUACGGUUGCCGGAAUCUGGUGGUUUCCGAGAACCAGAUCGUCCUGGAUGUUACUGAUAAUGACCUGAGCGUGAUCAUUCGUGUGCCAGAGGACCGGCAUCUUUGGCUGGAUUACAUUCUGGUGGUUCCUGAAGACAGUUACGGCUCCAGCUAUCUUGUAGAGGAGCCCCUGGACAAAUCCUACGAUUUCAUCAGCAACUGCGGAGUCAACGGCUUCUAUAUCAACCCUGUGACGUCAUCCAAGUUCUGCCAGGACUCGGCCACCUCGAUCUCUCUGUUUUAUAACAACGGGGCCCAGCCGUGCCGCUGCCACGAGGCAGGAUCUGUCCGGAGCCAGUGCGAGCCAUUCGGCGGCCAGUGUGCUUGCAAGUCAAACGUCAUCGGGCGAGAGUGUUCCCGCUGUGCCACGGGCUACUGGGGUUUCCCCAGGUGCAGGCCCUGCGACUGCGGGACGCGUCUUUGUGAUGAGCUGACGGGACAGUGCAUCUGCCCACCACGCACCGUCAAACCAGAGUGUACCAUCUGUGAGCCUCAGACUUUCGGCUGUCACCCUUUGGUUGGCUGCGAAGACUGCAACUGUUCCCACGCUGGGAUCCAAGAUCUGACAGAACUAGGAUGCCACACAGACAGCGGGCAAUGCAGGUGCAAACCCAACAUUGUGGGACGGCAGUGUGAUCUCUGUGCCCCGGGCUAUUAUGGCUAUCCAAACUGCAGGAGCUGUGACUGUCACAGGGCAGGGACAGAAGCAGAUGUGUGUGACCGUGUCACAGGACAGUGUCACUGCAAGGAAAACGUGGAAGGUCCAAGAUGCGACCAGUGCCUUCUAGGGACCUUCUCUCUUGACGCGAGCAACCCAAAAGGCUGCACCAGGUGCUUCUGCUUCGGGGCAACGGACCGCUGUCACAGCACGGAGCAGUACCGCGUGCAGUUCAUUGACAUGAGUGGGUGGAGCCUGCUAAGUGGAGAGCGCCAGGAAGUGCCCACCUCAGUCAGCCUGGAAGAAGAGGUGGUUCGUGCGGAUCUGAGGAAUUUUCCUGAGGCCUUCCAGGAGCUUUAUUGGCAUGCUCCCAGCUCCUACCUUGGAGACAAGGUUUCUUCCUAUGGUGGAUACUUGCGCUAUGAGCUGCAUUCAGAAAUUCGGAGGGGUGACGUGUUCAUACCAAUGGAAUCCCGUCCUGAUGUUAUCCUCAAGGGAAACCAAAUGAGCAUUAUGUUUCUUGAAGGCAUCUACCCCAUCCCUGGAGAAGUCUAUGAAGGGAAGCUCCAGCUUGUAGAGGGUCACUUCAGACAUACUGAGACGCACAACCCAGUCUCCAGGGAAGAACUGAUGAUGGUUUUGGCUAACCUGGAACAGCUGCAGAUCCGGGCUCUGUUCUCCCAAAUCUCCUCUUCAGUGUCCCUCCAUCGGGCAACGCUGGAGACUGUAUCAGAGACGGGUGGGGGCAUCCAAGCCAGCAACGUGGAGCUCUGCAUGUGCCCUGCCAAUUACAGAGGAGAUUCUUGCCAGGAAUGUGCUCCAGGCUAUUACAGGGACACCAAAGGGCUCUUCCUGGGGAAAUGUGUCCCGUGUAAUUGCAACGGCAAUUCGGAUCAAUGCCUCUCGGGGUCUGGAAUGUGCAUUAACUGCCAUUACAACACAGAGGGUGAACGCUGCGAGAAGUGUAAAGAUGGUUUUGUGCGGAACUCUUCUCUCGAUGGAUCUCUGCAGUGCGUGGGCUGCCCGUGUCCUCUUUCGGUUGCUUCGAACAACUUCGCCAUCGGAUGUAUCCACAAAGGCUCUACCACUCAGUGUCUCUGCAAGCCCGGCUACGCUGGAGUUUCCUGUGAAAGGUGUGCUCCAGGUUACUACGGAAACCCUUUAGUGAUUGGCAGUACCUGCCAGCCUUGUAAUUGCAAUGGGAACACUGACCCCAACAUGCUGUUCAGCGACUGUAACUCAUUGGAUGGAUCUUGCACAGGCUGUAUGCACCACACAGCAGGACGGCUGUGUGAACUGUGUGCCCCUGGUUAUUAUGGCGAUGCGGUGUUGGCAAAGAACUGCACUGAAUGCCGCUGUAUGUCCUGUGGGACCGAAUCGUGUGAUCCUCGGACCGGCCAGUGUCUCUGUAAGCAUGGAGUGACAGGUCAGCACUGUGACCGCUGUCAGGAAGGGCAUUACGGCUAUGAGACAUGUGCUGGUUGCCAGAGGUGUGACUGCGAUGUUGGAUCAGUGGGCUCACACUGCCACCCUCAAAGCGGCCAGUGCGGUUGCAAACCGGGCGUGGCUGGCUCCCGUUGCCAGCAGUGCAUCCCAGGCUACUGGGGACUCAGCGCCAGCGGCUGCAUGAAAUGUCAUUGCAAAGGAGGGUCCUGCAACCCCCGGACGGGAGAGUGCACCUGCUCCAAUGGCUUGACAGGGAAGCAGUGUGACACCUGUGCAAAGCAGCAUGAAAUCCCUGUGGUGGACGGCCCAGACAGCAUGAGAUGUGAAGCUUGCGACAGCUGCGUUCUGCUCCUGCUAGAAGAUCUUCAGAAGAUAGAAGACUCUUUCCCUGCACUCAGACACCAGUUGACCACCCUCAAUGGCACCUCCAUCGCAUGGGCCCGUCUGCACAGCAUCAAUGGUUCUAUGCAAGCUGUCACUAACCACCUGCGUGAGUAUCAGAGGUCCGUCAACAGGGCCAGGCAACAGGCAGACGAACUGGAAGAAGAGAACAUGGACUUCAUUCAAGAUCUGAACGCACUGCAACACAAGGCAACUAUGACCCAUAGAAAAGCAAAUCAAGUGACAGAGAGUACAGAAGAGAACUACCAACAGGCAGAGAACCUCAUUGUGGACAUUGGAAACAUUCGGAACAAAAUAGAUGAUCUUAUAUAUCAGAUGGAGACUGUGACAGCUGCAAAUGCCAGUGCCGCCUCCACCGAGGAGUUUCGGCAGAAGCUAGCUGAAGUGGAUGCGAUGCUCAGGCACAUGAAAGCCAGGGAUUUUAGCAUCCAGAGAGCAGUAGCUGUUGAAGAGCAUGAAGAAGCUAAAAAAUUGCUGCAGCGGGUGAAAACUGAGCUGUUUAGCAAGCUGGAAUCCAAUCAGGAACUGGUGAACAACAUCAACGACAGAUUGGAUCAGUACAGUUCGGAGCUCAUGGACCUGCGAGAUGCUCUGAACGAAGCUGUCAAUAAGACCCGUCAGACAGAGGAUCUGAGCAGCCUAAAUCGGAAUCACCUGGAGGAAUUCCAGCAAAAGAGCAGGGAGCUGCAGGAACAGUAUGGUAUGAUCCAGAACACUUUGCUUGUGGCGGAAGACUCCCUGGCCCAGGUCUCUGAUCUCCUGCAGAUAAUCGACAGAGUCACAGAGGAGUCUGAGAAAGCAGCCGCCAAGCUGGACGGAGCCAAGUACCCUCUGUCACAGAAGGCGAAGGAGUAUUCUCUCACUAGCACCAAGAUCCCCAUUGUCGAGGAGGCUGAGGACCAUGCAAAGCUUCUGGACGAACUCGCACGAAACCUGUCCAGCAUCAUCCACGGCACGAACCAGAACGGGUUUAUUCAGCGAGCCAUCAACGCCUCCAACGCCUACGCCAGCAUCAUUGAAGCAGUAAAGGAUGCUGAGAACGCGGCCAAUAAAGCCAGCCGUGCCGCCAGCGAUGCUUUGACGAACGUCAUCCUGGAGGAUCUUGGAACCAAGUCCAAAGAGAUGAAGAAAAACAGCAACGCCUUAGAAGAGGCUGUGAAGAGAGAACAGAAGAAACUCAAUGAAGAGAUCAAGGGGGCCUUGCAGGCGGCCAAAAACCGAUUGGCUGACAUCCAAACAGAGAAAGAACAACUUCUGAACCAGCUGCACUCCGAGAGAAGCAAGUUGGAUACAGUCCAAGAUGGCACCACCGAAGCAAUCCAGAACGCCAAAGAUAUUGCUGCCCAGGCCAAUGAAACCGCUACCAAGAUGGCAGGGAGACUGAGCAGCAUGAAAAAGGAUGUGGAAAUGUGGAAAGAGCAAUAUGGAGACCUGAAGAAUGAAGACUUAAAACAGGCGGUUCAAGAUGCCAAGAACACUGUGUCAAGCUUGGAAAGCGCCAUCCCCCUGCUCCUGGGCAAGCUGAGCAAUCUGGAGAACAGGAAGAGCCACAACGCAACUGUUUCAGACAAUAUCCUGCGAGUGCGCAAGCUGAUAUCCUUGGCCCGAAAUGCUGUCAGCAAGAUCAAAGUUCCAGUGAAAUUCAACGGCACUUCAGGCGUGCAGGUCCGGACUCCCAGCAACCUCCAGGAUUUGACUGCCUAUACAUCCCUCAAAUUCUACAUACAGAACCCAGAGGCCAGGUUGAGACAGAGACGUCAAAACGGAGACGACCUAGGGCGCUUUGUGUUUUACCUAGGACACAGGGAUGCCACCGGGGACUACAUGGGCAUCAUCCUGAAAGACAACAAGGUGCAGUGCAUCUAUAAGCUGGGAGAUGAGGAACCAACACAUUUAACGGUCGAUGAAGAAAUUGGGGAGCAGUUUGCAGCGGUCAGCAUCAACAGAAUUUUGCAGUAUGGACACAUGUCGGUGACGGUGGAGAAGCAAACCUUGCAUGAAACGAAAGGUGACAGCGUGGCCAAAGGAGAGCACGGGCUGUUCAACUUCAGGCCCCACAAUGUGGUCUUGUACGUGGGUGGCUACCCCUCCAGCUUCACGCCUCCAGCACCCUUGCGCUAUCCUAACUACCGGGGCUGUAUAGAGUUGGAUUCCCUCAAUGAAGAAGUGGUGAGUCUGUACAACUUCCAGCGCACCUUCCACCUGGACACUACAGCCGAGAAGCCCUGCACAAGGUCAAAAUCAGCAGGUGAUCCCUGGCUGACAGACGGUUCUUACUUUGAUGGGACGGGCUAUGCAGAAGUCGUGUUUGAGAGUCAGAUUAGCUCGUUCAAGCGCUUUGAGCAAGAGAUCCGGCUGGUGUCCUUCAAUGGGAUCCUUUUCUUCCUGACCUAUCAGGGCCAGAUGCUGUGUUUAGCUGUUCAGGAAGGAAAGCUGGUGCUGUAUCAUGACUUAAGCGGAGAACUUAAGAUGGCUCCACCGUUCAAGGAUCCUGACACUUUGACAGUCAGCAGCAACACAAAUAAAGCGAUCCAUAUUAUCUUUUUCAAACGUGCUGCCAAGGAUCUAAUUCUGGUGCGUCUCGAACAAUCCACCAUCUUCACAGUGGAGCAGGAAAACACCUUGCAGAAUGCCACUUCUUAUUAUCUGGGGGGUGUUCCUGUGUCGAUUUUGCCUGAGGGCCUGAAGAAGAAAUUCCCCAAAGGUGGAUCCAUCAGGGGCUGUAUGAAAGGCUUGAAGGCUCAUGGCAAAUACGUGGAUUUGAAGCGUAUGAACACCACAGGAGUGAGUUUCGGGUGUACCUCAGAUCUCCUGGUGGCUCGUUCAGUUAAACUCCACGGCCAUGGCUUUUUGACUCUGUCGCUACCAAAUGUACCCUCUUUACAAGAUUUCUACACCGGCUUCAGCUUCCGCACCAGCCAGAGCCACGGCUUGAUGUACCACCAUGCUACAGAGGAAGGGGUCUGCCAGGUGACCUUGAAGAACGGCAGAGUAGCUGUGAACGUCCUGACAACAGAACUUACCACGAAGAACGCAUACGCAGAUGACACAAGCCACUACGUUGCCAUCUACAGUGACUCCACAGGGGUCCGGCUUUACAUCGAUGACCAACUUCAGGGGACCAAACAAGGGGCUGAUCGCCACAGAAGGCAAAAGCCGCAAGAGGAGCUGGCGUUGUUCCACAUGGGUGGAAUGCCCCAGAUCAGCGAAACGGGCAACCUCUCCGGCUGCAUCGGGAAUGUCUUUGUCAGGCGGAAAUCAGGCCCACAGGUAGUUGUGGAUCUGCAGCAAAACACUGAGAGCGUCAACGUGACCAUGAACUGUCCCCGGGAUCGGCAGCCGCAACAAAUGAGGGCACCAGAGAAGAAGGGCAAGUGGAAACCCAAGGUGGAAAGCACAGCUGUGCCGAAAGACAGCACUUGUCAACUACUGAAACACCCCAAAGCCAUUAAAGGUUCCUUCCAGUUUGGUGGAUCCUCAGAGAGCCGUUUGGAAUUUGAUGACACUCCAGCAACAUUCCAAGAGAGGUUCCAUUUCUCCAUGGAGGUCCGGCUGAACUCUUCCAACGGCCUGCUGUUUUACAUGAGCAGUGAAUCUCAAGGCUCCUUCUUUUCCCUUUUCGUCUCGGGUGGCCGCUUAGUUCUCUUGGCUGACGUAGGCGGGAAUAAAGUGAGGCUCCGGAGCAAAGACAAGUUCCGCGCUGCAAGGUGGCACACGAUCUUCUUCAGCAGAGACAGAGGCAGAGUUCAGCUCAUCAUUGAUGGGCUGAGAGCCCAGGAGAAGCCGUUGCCCGCUGCCGAAGACUUCUGGAUAUCUGGCCCUUUUUACAUAGGCGGGGCACCUGUGGAGAAAGCCAAAGCUCAUAUACCGGAUGCUUCUGCCACCAGCUUUAACGGCUGCCUCAGGCACUUGCAGUUGGACCGGAAGCCUUUGGAGUCACCAUCCCGUGUGUUUGGUGUGACCCCUUGUUACCUGGGGACUUUGGAAAGUGGCAUCUUUUUCUCUGCGGAGGGAGGAUACAUAACCCUAGAUGGGUAUGUGGCUAUCGGGCAGGACUUUGAGUUGAUGCUGGAAAUUCGCCCACGAAGUGCAUCUGGUCUGAUAUUUCACAUUGGCACAAGACAAACAAACUACCUCAGUCUGUACACAAGCAGUCAAAAGGUGACUGUGGUUGCAAACACUGGUGCAGGGGAGUUCUCCACCUCCGUGGCCCGUCCUUUGCUCUGUGAUGGCCAGUGGCACACAAUUGCAGUUAUCAAGAGCAGCAAUGUAAUCCAGGUAGAUGUGGAUACAGAGGGAAAUUACACAGUAGGACCCAACCAGGUCCUCCCUUCAACCAUCAAAGAGAAUUUCUACCUCGGUGGAAUGCCAGAAGCAGCCACCAAUGUUGGUCUCACUUCACCCACGCCUCGUGCCCCGCCUUAUGUUGGCUGCAUGAAGAACCUGGUGAUAAAUCAAAACCAAAUCAACCUGCUGCAGGCUGGGACCACCAACGGCUCGGUGGGGCUGAAGGGUUGCCCCGUGAUGUAAAAAACCAAACCAGUUGCACAUCAGCACGACAAAAUGCUGCACCACCCUCUGUGAGGCUCCCAGGUUCUCUCUCCGCCAGCUGUGCACAGGGUCUGUAUCAGCAGUAGGUUUUGCAGAGGCCUACGGUUUCCGGACUUUGAAUGGUUACACAUUUUCCCUACGCAGCCACAGCAAGAUGUUUUGAGGAAUGCAAGAACUGUGUAGCUGAAGCAGGAAGAGCUCAGCUGUGAAAUUUUAAGUCAACGUCUCUCUCUCUCUGCGCCUCUUGACACCUGCUGCUCCAUACCCACCUCUGAAUCAGUGCUGGUAUAAGUUGCCGCUAGCCUAAAAGGGCAAGGACAGCGGAGUCCGACUAGUUGCAUUGACCAGCUACAGUUUGCUGCCCAUUAAAAAUGACCAGAUGAGGAGGAGGGGGAUGACCAAGUAGAAGAAUACAGCUCCUCGUUACAUACUCACUGCAGUCAGCUUAGAAAGUUUAAUAUAUUUCCUAGUAAAAUUCCCAGUCUAUUACCUUUUCAAGGACAAAAGGCACACAGAUCUCUCCUCCACCAAGGAAGAGGGCUAACCAGCUUUGGCUGUUGCCCCAUUAAAUAUCUGGCUCUGUUUUGUCCCCAAAUCCCCUUGCAGACACUAACAUCACCGCCCUUUCAGUAUAUAUGGUUCACUUGUGCACUUAGACAUGUCCUUAAAUAUAUUUGUGUGUGUGUGUAUAUAUCUCCUCACAUGGGACAAGAUGUUGGUUCUGAAUUGAACUGUAUAACUUAUCAAUAUAUUGGGUUUUUUAAAAAAAAUCUGGGGUAAAUAUUGUAAAAUGGUUUUUUUUAACAAG